UUUUUUUAAAAAGAAAUAUAAAGGUAGUGACUGUGGUAGCUUAGUGAAACCUUGAAGAGGUAUGAGCUAGGUAUUCACCACGAAUUGUCUAAGGUAAGUUUUACAAGACAACCAUUAUAAUAACCAAUGUUUGACUGUACUGAGUGUUGGGCAUUUAAGUAAAAAUAUGCUCGAAAAUUGUGUCAGAAAUGAGAAUGUUAAGAUUAAUGUGUGGUAAGAAUUAAUAUAUAUGUGCAAUGGUUAAAGUAGCACCAAUAGUAGAUCAAUUCAAGGAUCGGAAUUUUGUUUCAGUGCAUAGUUUCAGUUAGUUUGAAAAUGGAAACAUUUCGGUAAUAUUUUGGAAAUAGGAUGGAAACAAAGAAAAAUUUUGAAAAUUUAUUUUCGAAACAUUGGUCAAUACAUCCGGAAACAUUGAUCAAAACACCUUGAAACAUAGAAAUUUAGGUAUUCAAUCAAUGAUUUAUUUCGGUUUCAUGGAAACGGAUACGUUUCAAUCAUUUUGAAACAAAAUUUAGUUCCAUGGAUCAAUUAAAGGAGAAUUAACUUAGCUGGUUUGUACAUGUUAUAGAAUACCUAUUGCUGUCAUGCAGUCAUGGGGAGGAAGAGCGGGGUGAUACACGUCAAUGGCAAUUUGAGCAAUAGACUGCAGUUACUUUUGAAUUAGAUAGUAAAAGCAGUAUGACUCUUGCCAGGGUACAAUGAUGGGGCUGGAUUCAUUUUUCAAGAUUUAUUGUCCUAUUGCUCAUUUCAUAUUAGUAUAUUGUAACUAUGAAGAUGGACUUCUUUGUUGUCCAACUCCUAACCAUGUCCUGUUUUUUUUAGUUUCUCUAUGUUCAUGCUUCAUAGUUUUUGAAUCUUAUAUUUCUUUUCAUAAGAAAAAGACAGAAGUGCUGAUAAGUAGUCUGACAUAUUGGUAUAAUGAAUCCUGUGCAAACAGUUUAGGUUUUUUACAUGGCUUUUAGGUGAAUGAGAUUAUGUAAUGUAAGAAACUAUUAAAAUCAACAUUCCUGUUGCUGGUAGAGGUUUUAGCACAUUAAUUUUAGUCUUUUAUCUCGAGACAUCUGCAUGUUAUAUACUUGCAGGAGUUUAACAAAUAUUAAUGAGAAUGCUAUUCUAAUUAGUGAUGCCAAUGGAGAUGCAUUUAGAUGCUUUGAAGGAUUACGUAAAUCGAGAAGUACUCAUAACAGAUUAAAGAACAAAAAUAUCCCUUUUUCUGUUGAGGCCCAGCAUCUUUGCAGAGAAAAGGGUGAUCCAUACUCUGCUCAUCAACAGUAUGAGAACAUGAUGGUGAGAAGAGACAUUGGGAAUGGGGAUAGUGCUAGAACUCGUAAUGACUAUUCCAAUGAUCAGGAUUCAAUGUCUCAUCAGGAUGGGUGUACUCCACCUGUAGCUCAGACUGGGUCCCAUGUUAGGCCUGAAUUGCGCCAAUCUGUUGAGGGUCCUCCUACUGUAAACACAGUUAUCAAAAGACAGAGGCAGCGCUCCACUUCAAGGAAUCAUGGUGAAUGCUCUACAUCUGCUUUUGAUGAUCCAGAAAUUGUGUUUCUUGGCUCAUCUGGGGUAUCAAUGAAUCUGAGAUCACGUAGAAAUCAGAAUCGUCAUGGUGUAGGCAUUUUGGAUCCAGAUAUUGAACUUGAUGAGUUUUCCCCUGAAGUAGGACAUAGUGCCCCCCAAAAUACUGUUUGCAGUAGUAAUAUUGACUCAGGUGCUAGGGCCAGACAGGUAGAAGCAGAUGAAUUGUUGGCUCGCGAGCUCCAAGAGCAAUUAUAUAAUGAGGUCCCUAGAGUUAGAGUUGGCGAGAUUGAUGCACAUAUAGCAUUGACAUUGCAGCAAGCGGAAGAUACUCGGCAGGCUUUUUCUAGUGGAAGUGACUCUUUAUUCCAUCCUAGCAGCUCAUUGAUACCAAACUUGCGUAGACAGUCACAAUCAAGGUCUUCUCGGAGCCCUAUAAUUCGAAGAGGCCCUCAGGCACGGGUUCCUUCCUCGACAAGGUUGGCGCAACUACGGAGUCGUUUUCGUGGACAAUCUCGUACAGUAUCAUCUCGAGAGAGAAACUCCUUGUUUCCACCAAAUGUGGAUGUCGAGAUGAGAAUGCAUAUAUUGGAAGCAAUGGAGGCCGUUAGUGAUAUGAGUAGCUUCCUUCAAGCUCCGCGUGAUUUCAAUGAAAAUGAUUACGAAAUGUUACUGGCUCUUGAUGAGAACAAUCACCAUAUUGGUGUAUCUUUUGAUCAGAUGAAUGGCUUGCCGCAGUCAACAGUUCAGACUGAUAAUUUUGACGAAGUGUGUGCAAUUUGUCUUGAAACUCCAACAAUUGGAGACACCAUACGCCAUCUCCCUUGCUUACACAAAUUCCACAAAGACUGCAUUGACCCAUGGCUUAGAAGAAAAACAUCAUGCCCCGUCUGCAAAUCAUCCAUAACUUGA